AUGCUCGAUUUUGAUCUUGAUGACGAUUACGACACUGCUUUAUUUUUUGCUCUCGCGCAUUUAACACAACAACAGACGAGAAGACCCAAGUAUCCAACCGAACGGGUCAAUUGGGACGAACAUCUUCAGAAAGAGUUGUAUCAGAACUCGUUUCAUAGGACAUAUCGCAUGUCCUAUCCCUCUUUCCUGAAGCUAAAAGGAUUAUUGGGGGACAAAAUAGUGCUAAAUGGUUCUAGAAGCACAGCAUCAUCUGGCACAGCUCCAAUCAUUCCUCAAGUUGUUAUGGCAUGUGGAAUUCGUUGGCUUGCCGGGGGUUCUCCAACCGAUAUUAAGAACGCGUAUGGGCUGACCGUAUCCACUGUUUACAGGUUGAGGGACUUGUUCUUGGAUGCUGUGUGUACAACAGACGAACUUGACAUGAGGCUCCCAGAUCUUUCAAAUCCUUCUGAGAUAUCUAAAUUCCGGUCAGAUUUCGAAAAAUUAAGUUCUUCAGGGGUGUGCAAAGGUUGUGUCGGAGUUUUGGACGGAAUGCUUCAACGCAUAGGCAACCCAUCGGUGGCCUGUGCUGAAGGCCAGGUGAGAUCCUAUUUUUCAGGACAUUACAAUUGUCCUGGAUUAAAUGUUCUUGCCAUGUGUGAUGCUUUUUUGCGUUUCACUUUUUUUGGCGUAUUGAAUCCAGGGUCCGCUUCUGACCGAAUGACGUAUCUCAAAUCUCGGCUCCCAGCAUUUGUGGACUCAUUGCCAUUCGGUACCUAUGUCAUUGGCGAUGCAGCUUUUCCUCUAGGUGAUAACCUGUUGAUUCCAUUCACCGGUACCUACAAACUGGAUCCAUCCAAUGAUGUUUAUAACUUUCACAUCUCUCAGCUCAGGAUUAGGAUUGAGAUGGCGUUCGGCCAUCUGACUAACAAGUGGAGAGUGCUGCGCAGACCGUUGGGAGGGAAGCUUGCUAGGCAGUCACAGGUCCUCGAAGUUUGUGCCAGGCUUCACAAUUUUGGAAUUAAUGAAAGGAUACUUGGCCUGGGAUAUUUACCCACACUGCGCCCUUUUGAGGAAAUACCCGGGUCUUCAGCAAUGCGGAAUUUAUUGGUGGAUCACAUUAGGGCUUACGGAUUGACACGGAGUCAGCAAAAUGUUGCAAGAAAACGUGAACACGAAAAAACGUUCGAUUAUUGCGAGAAAAACAGUCUUAUGUAG